AGCUGCUCUCCGCUCGGCUAUGGCUGCCUCCGCCGUGCCCGGCUACUCGCCCGGCUUCAAAAAGCCGCCGGCAAUGCUGCGGCUGAAGCGCAAACGGCUGCGGAGCAGUGAGCCCCCCGCCUCCGCCGCUCCUCCGCCCUGCGGAGCAGCCCCGCGGGCCCCCUCCGCGCCCGCCCGCCGCAACCCCUUCUCCAGCCUGGACAACGCGCCGCGGGCGAGCGGCACCCCCCAGCCGCGGGUGCGGGACCGGCGGCCACCGGCGGACGCGUCCCCCUCGGCAGCGCCCUUCUGGCAGCUUUUAGAGCCUGUUUAUGAAGGGAAGCCGGCCAGGAGAGCAGAGCCCUCUGAAAGAACUGACAUCCCUGCCCUAACCGAUGACCUUCAUUUACCUGUUGCUGUACCCGAAGUUCCCUCCUCACCAAGACAUGAAUUUCCUGCAGACUGGAGUCUUAAAACACGACUUUUAUUUAUGUCUUCCCAUCCUUUUACCUGGGCAGAACAUUUAAAAGCACAAGAGGAAGCCCAAGGAUUUGCUCAGCAUUGCAGAGCUACAGAAACAAACUUGCCACAGAGCGUACAGGAACCAAAACUGUCCACAGAACUGCGUUGUGCCUUUCAGCAAAGCCUUGUUUACUGGCUUCACCCUUCACUGCCAUGGCUGCAGCUGUUCCCUCGGAUUGGAGCAGAUAGAAAAAUAGCUGGAAAGGCUAGUCCUUGGUCACAGGAUGAAGCCUUGCAACAAGUGCUAAUGAGCGACUGGUCUGUCAGCUUUACUUCUCUGUACAAUCUGCUGAAAGCCAAGCUGUGUCCCUACUUCUAUGUGUGUACCUACCAGUUCACUGUCCUGUUCCGUGCGGCUGGUCUUGCGGGAAGUGACGUUAUCACAGCCGUAAUUUCUCCCACAACUAGAGGGUUAAGGGAAGCCAUGAGAAAUGAAGGCAUAGAGUUUUCUUUACCUUUGGUAGAAGAAAAUAGAACCAGAAAACAGAAAAGCUCUGAAGUGAGUUUGGAAACUGAAGUUGCUAACAGCCUCGAAGCGGGCAACAGCAUGGAAAAUGGCGAGGAACUAGUUCCAAGUGAUGAUGAUGAUGAAAGUUUCUCUUGGCUUGAGGAGAUGGGAGUCCAAGACAAGGUUAAGAAACCAGAUGCUAUUUCUAUUAAACUUCGUAAGGAGAAGCAUGAGGUGCGGAUGGAUCACAAGCCUGAAUCCCUUGCGUUAGUGAAAGGAACAAACACAUUCACCUUGCUGAACUUCCUGAUAAACUGCAAGAGCCUGGUGGCUGUUGCAGGCCCACAGGCAGGGCUUCCACCAACUUUGUUGUCCCCUGUUGCUUUCCGAGGCGGAACAAUGCAAACACUCAAAGCUCGAAGCAUAAAUGCCAAAGCCAGGGUUCACUUGGCCUACGAGGAUAUAUUCAGCUUGGAGAUCGUAGGCCCAGUCAUGCCUCACUCCCUGCAUUCGCUGACCAUGCUGCUCAGGGUGGCGCAGAGGGGAGCCUUCUCUGCUGCGUUACAUACACACGAGCCAACUGCGGUGUUUAACACUAACCUUGACAACGCGAGCCCUGCCUCAAAUAAGGAACCCACAGGCAAAGACAUUCCUAGCUGUGGACUGCAUCCCGAGGCCUGGGACCAACUGACUCAGUGUCCAACACUGGGAAAAUCUGCCAUCCGAUUUCUGGAAAUGAAGGAUUAUGCUUAUACCUGGAAGUCCUAGGUAUGCUAGUUCCAUCUAAUGGAAGAGAAUGCUGUCUAGCAUGCAGUUGCUGUACUUCAUUGGGGUCUACGUGGGCAGCACCUGUGCAGUACCAGGAGGGAUACAAUCUGGUUGAACGUCGCAGACAACUAUUGCACAUCACCCAUCAUAAAACACUUCAAAGGACGUUUGAGGGAAAUGAAGGAAAAGGCCUUGGACACCUCCUUUUGUAUUUUAGAAAGUUUUAAAUAAAACAUGAUAAAAACA